GCCGCGUAACGAUUCGAUUCGAUUCGAUUCGAUUCGAUUCGAGGGAUCAUGUCGAUUCACGGCGACAGCGACGUGGACGCGACGGAAGAGAUAAACGUGGACGACUCCGACUCGGCGAGUUGCAGCCCCCGCAAUUACGCCAACGACGGCAACCGCCGCUUGGACCACUCCGAGUGCUCCGAUUCCCCGCCCCCGAGUCAAACCAACUCGAGGACGUUGCAAAACGAGUCGCCCCGCAGCCACCCGUUCAGCAUAAGCCGAUUGCUGGGCGAGAAUCGGCCCCAGAACCCCAAGAGCCCCUCGUCCGAGGACCCGGACGGCGAGGACAAGGAGAGGAAGUGGUCGUGGGAGGAGGGGAACAACAACGGCGGCUCGUCCGCCACGCUCGACGACGGCAGGAGGUCGUGGGGGCACGAGAUCGAGGAGAAGUUGUCGGAGAAGGACGACGACGACACCGGAAGCACGGCCGAAACCCAGACCAACUCCACCACCUCGUCGCUCCACUGCGCCUCGGCCACCGACUUGCUGGCGCCGUUCAGACUUUUCCCAACCGGGUCAGGACUGAUAUACACGGGUGGUGGCGUGAUAAGGGUUCCUGCCCAUCGGCCACCCGGCGCUAAUGGAGCGGCGACCGGCGCCCUGCCGGCACAGGCGUUGAUACCACCCUGGAGUUUGCAAGCCCUUCAACACAGUCAACAGCAGGCUGCGGCGGCCGGUCUUCACAGGGCGAGCUUGUUGGCCAACUUGGCCGCGCAUCCGCUCCAGGGACACCCGCACCUCAAGGACAGGCUGGCAGUAGCCGGAGCGUUUCCAAGGAGGAUCGGGCAUCCUUAUCAGAACAGGACGCCACCGAAGAGAAAGAAGCCGAGGACGAGCUUCACGAGGUUGCAGAUCGCCGAAUUGGAGAAACGUUUUCACAAACAAAAGUAUCUUGCAUCGGCUGAACGGGCAGCGUUGGCUAAAACCUUGAAGAUGACCGAUGCCCAAGUGAAAACAUGGUUUCAAAACAGACGAACAAAGUGGAGGAGGCAAACGGCGGAGGAGAGAGAGGCUGAGAGGCAGGCGGCGAAUCGGUUGAUGCUGUCUCUUCAAGCCGAGGCCCUCGGCAAAGUGGCGUACCCGACGACAGUGGCCAGCCAUCCAGCGGGAACCACGGUUCCCAGUCUAGACAGGCAGCAACCACCCACCGCCCUCGCCCAUCCUGUGGGUCAAUGGGCCUCACCGUACGGCCCGCCGCAACCUCUCGCCGAACCGAUUUGUUGA